UAUCCUUUGCCCUUGCUCUCACCCUUGUCGCAUCCCAUUGCGUGGCAUUGUAACUGCAUAUACCUACCUAUUCAUUCCCCUCGGACUAUUACCCGCUACAAUACAACAUCAUGGCCGCCCCACCGUCCAUCACCAUGGAUAACCUCACGGGGACCUACGUCAUGGAACGCAAAGUCUCCGACGCACCCGACGCCAUCCUCGCCUUCCAAGGCAUGUCCUGGCUGACCCGCCAGGCCAUCUCCUGGGCGACCAUCACGCUGCACGUGCGCCACACCAAAGACAGCGCCACGGGCGCCGACCACAUCGACAUAGUGCAGAAGCUGACAGGCGGCUUCGAAGGCACGCGCGAGCAGCGCAUCGUCGACGGCACGGUGCGCACCCACGAGGACCACGUGUUUGGCAAGGUGCACGGCAAGAGCACGUGGGUUGCGCGGCUCGCGGACGUGGGCAGCGAGCGGCGCGACGCAAGCUAUCUGAGCGACGAGGACAGGGCGUUCUUGGUCGAGGGCUGGGGCGCGGAGAUGGAGGGGAGUGAGCGGGUGUUUUUGGGCUAUGUGGAGGCGGAGAGUGGGUGGGUUGCUUGGAGCGUGUGGGGGUUCAAGGAGGUUGAGAUUGAGGGUGUGAGCGAGCGGCGGUGGGCGCGCCAUCAUGUUGUUGUGAAGCCGGCGACGGGCGAGAGUAAGCGGGCGCGCAUGUAUUAUGAUUAUCUGGGCCCGCUUGAGGAGGGUGAGGUGGAGAAGCCGGCGCAGGACGAUGGGAUCAGUGAUGUUUGAGGGGGUUGGUGGUGAGGGCAUCGAUGGAGAGACAGAGAGAGAGUCAUGGAGAGAUGGAUGUAUGUAUACCCAUUUGGUAGAAGAUAGACGGACGCGUACGAGCAAGAUAGUGCUUGAAUUGAAAUGAACAACCUGGUUUCCUCUCUGUACUAUUAUCGUCUCUUUUCUUGUGUCUGUCAUGAGGGAAGACUGGAGAGUUGUUGUCGAUGGGAAUGUACAAAGCGCUGCUGCUAUCCCGUGCGCCUUUGCAAUGCUAUAAAUUCCCCACGCUGCACGCCAUGCGAGACCAAACGAAAGCAGUAAUCGUAGCGACUGUUGUUCAUAUCCAAACA